CGUUGAAUAAACGUUUCCUUCAUAUAUUAAUUGCAUUUCGAAGACAAGCACAGCCAGCCUUCGAUAUUUCAUCAUGGAUUUUUAUGACGUACAGGAAAUGGGUGAUAAAUAUAGCUAUAGAGAGGGUAUAAAACUACAUCACAACUCAGUAAAUUAAUCCAUUCUAGAAUUCAGGACAUUCUGAAUUGAACAAACAUAAAGUUUGUGAAUUUACACGGGUUAGAACUGAUCACAUAUUGGGUUCAGUAUGGAUGCAAAGCUAUUGUUACUUAUAGCUCUACCAUGUUUACUCUUUGUGCAGACAUACGGAAACUCCAGAGUCGUAAUCGUUGGUCAAGUAAGGCUGGAAGGCUGCCACCAAGUUAAGGCGUGCCCAUCAAGGCCAAGAAAUCCGGUGUCCACGAGAAAUAUCUUCACUGACUAUAUCAGACAAAACCACUGGGUGUCUUUGAAAGGAGAUGUGAUUUUAAAAGGAUGUUACUCGGUCAAAAAUUGCAAGGACACUCACCCGCCUGGCUCAAAACAGAAACCAGCUUCAUCUUGCAAAGCCAUCAAGAGCCAACUCAAGUCAGCCAAAAGUGGCGUCUACUACAUAAAGACUAAACCAACGGUCACUAAAGUCUACUGCUACAUGGAGGAUAUCCCAGGGUGUGGUGAUGGUGGAUGGACAACCAUUAUUAAGACUAACGGAAAGAAGAAAACCUUUUUGUACAAAUCUGCUUUUUGGGCGAACAAAAUUCCAUAUCGCGUGACCAAUGGCCAAUCAGGCGCCGAUGAUAAAGAAACCAAACUCCCUACCUACUGGACCCUACCGUUUCGUCGUCUUUGUCUUGGAAUGAAGAUCGCUGGCCAGAAGAACCCGAGAUGGAUUCGAUUGAACUACAAGGCAAGUUCGCUGUACUCUGUGAUCGCAGACGGUAAAUACCGCAAAGUAUCCAUUGGUCGCAAUGUGUGGAAGUCACUGAUCGCGGGCUCGUCAUUGCAGAGGAACUGCAACAAAGAAGGCUUCAAUGUUGUUCCUGGCGAAGUCAACCACGAAAGAGUUAGAAUUGGAAUAUCAUCGAAUAAUGAAAACGCGUGUUACAACAACGAUUCGCGUAUCGGAUUCGGGGGGGAUGGCAUACAAUGCGGUCGUGGUAGACUAUCUACCGGUAACUGCGCACGCGUUGGAGGUGACAACGGGGACAAGACUACUCCAGCUCAUGGUUAUAUCUUAGCUAUGUAAUUCCUCUUGCAAAUACAUACGGCACAUAUGAGUGCCAUUUCAACUUUGUUUACUUGAUUUUAAUUUUUAAUUGUCAAGCUGUUAGAAUUUUGGAAUUUUUCGACCACACUUUUUAUAUUUUUCCUGAACUGAUGAAGUCCUCUUUUUUGCCACAUAUUCACAUAACGCCACAGCUGCACUCAUACAAGGUUUAAUAUUAAAGUAAUUUUGUAGAAAUCAUGACUAAACACGAUGUUUUAAUUUGACCAGAUUUAUUCCGAAAAUUAAUCGCUUUUAAGAGCUUGACAAAAAUGAAUUUGAAAAAAAAAACAUUGUUGAGAGAUUUCCACGUUAAUAAUUAAAAAUACUCGAAACGGAUUCAAAACUGAAACUGUUGUAGCUUAAAUGUUGAAAAGAGAAAGUAAGCUUUCUUUUUGAAUUAGAUUUAAUUGAAAUUAAUUGCACAAGAAAAUAAAGAGCAUUGGAAAAUUUCA